CUUCGUAAAUUGAGGUAUAAACUAAUUAGAAAUACAAAGAAUUAGUCUUAAUUAUUUGGAUCUCCAGUUUAUAUUUAUUUUUAUUGGAUAUUUUAAAACUUACAUUCUGUAUUGAAUUAGUAAUAUGACUAUAUUGUAAUUAAUGGAAAGUGAUUAAAAAAAAAUUUGUUAGUUAAUAUGAAGAGAAAGAUGUAGAUUUGAUGAAUAUAUUUGUUUCUAUGUCCAUUUAAUUAUAGAACAUUGUCAAGUUCAUCGCUAAGAAAUAGAAGGAAAUUUUAAUCUUACUAUUUAUUUAAUUAUAUAUAUAUCUUUAAAUUUCAUUUGAUACAUAGAUGAUAUUUGAAGUAUAAACAAAUUAUCUCGUCAAUUUAUAUACAGUUAAACUUCCAACAGAAAAAAGUUAUUGUUGGAUAGAUUACAUUUUAAAGCGAAGAAAAAGAGUACAAAUCUGAAUUAUUUACAAAUAAAGUUUUGUGCAUAAUUAAAAAAGAUUUCUAUGUUUCAUUUUGUUUAGGAGAUAUGUAAAGUAGUAGACGGAUAAACUUAAUUAAGCAUUUUGCUCAAAUCUGGAUAAUUAUUUUCUUAGUCAAUGGAGUGUUCUAUCGAACAAGACUUCUAAAGAAACGAAAACGAUAGUUUUCAAGUUCCACAAUCUAUUUUUUUUAACAAUGUCAUUUUAAAGAGAGUAAAAUGAGAGAUCACCACAUUUUCUAUGACCUUACCUUGAAAACUUCAAAGUAUCACAAAAACUGGAAAAAGGGUUUUUUGUAAUAUUUUCAGCUUUUUAAGCAAAGCUCGUAGGAAAUUAUAAUAAAUACAUUGUUUUUAAAUUUUUUUUCACGACCUUAUAUAAAGAUUUUUCUACUUGAAAAAAAUAGGAUUUAUCCAAUAUGUUUUAUCAAUUCAAUGUUAUACAUGUCAUGAAUUAGAUUAUAUUUGUUCUUUACCAUUGGAUUUUGAUACUGAUGAUGAAAAAUGUAUAAAAAUAUGGUUUUAUCAAAAUCAAACAUGUCCAAUUUGUCGACAAAUUAUUCGACAUUGUUAUGAAAGAAUUAAUCAAUCAUUUGAAUAUUCAUUAUAUGUUCCAAUUAAUACUCGUAUAGUACUUAAUCAACUUGAUCGUCUUCUUGUUCGAUGUUUACUUUGUCAUGAAACAAAUAUUCAACGAUGUCAUUGGAAAAAUCAUGAAAAAAAUUGUUUAAAACAAAUUAUAUCUUGUCCAUCAGCUGAUAUUAAAUGUCCAUGGAAAGGAUCAAAAGAUACACUUUCAAUACAUUUAAAUAAUUGUUCAUUUCAACAAGUACAACCAAUUAUUAAUGAAUUUAAAAAUGAAUUAAAAUUAACUCGAAUAAAACAAAUUGAAUUAGAAAAUCAUAUUAAUAUACUCGAAAGAAAAGUUAUUUUUCUUCUUAAAUUUAUUAAUAAUAAAAAUAUAAUGACAUUAAAUUAUACAAAAUCAACAAAUGAAUUCAAUCAAAAUCAUCAAUUUAUGUGUAAUAUUUGUAAUGAAUAUAUACAAUAUGAACAAAUUUUACUUCAUGCUUAUUCAGGAGAUUGUAUCUGUCGUUCGUGUGCUUAUUCUCAAUAUAUUGAUCGUUUUCAAACAUGGAAAUCUUCGAAUGAACAAUAUUUGUUAUCAGAUUCAGAAGAGAUUGAUUGA